UGCAUACCCGCUAUAUCUUUUUUUUUUUGCUCCAGUGUUGUUAAUUUCGGGUUUUGGAUUAAAAAGAGACUCCGAACACUAGACUGCAGCAGCGACGACAUGUUUUCAGUGCUGAAAUAUGUUUUUACCCCUUUCGCAAGAAACGUUUUUGCAAAAAUGCACUACAGUUCGGGGGUCAGCAUUAGGCUUUUGCCCCGUUAUAAGUGCUCUUUUGAAGACCCAGUGCAAGUGACCGUGAGUGGCUUAAAUCCACAACAGCGCGUGGAUCUGCGCUCUAAAAUCUCCGAUGAAAAUGGACUUGUAUUCAAAGCUUCGGCCACCUACCAAGCUGACGGCAGUGGUCAAGUUGACCUCAACCGCGACCCUUCUCUUGGUGGAAGCUUUACCGGAGUUGAACCAAUGGGCUUAUUCUGGGCACUAAAAGCAGACGUCGUAAGCUGCAAGUUUGCCCUAACAGACGUGACGCGCCCUGCUCUCGUUGACAUUGAAUGUGUCAGUGACGAUAAAGUCAUCGCCAAAGUAACAAACGAGAGACACUGCAUGACCGAUGGUGUACGGAGAAUUCCUGUAACCGAAGGCAGGAUCAGGGGAACUCUUUUUAUGCCACCUGGUAAAGGACCAUUUCCUGGGAUUUUGGAUACACAUGUGUUUAGAGGAUGGCCUUUUGAGUUGAGGGCAGCUCUGCUGGCAAAAAGAGGCUUUGCUGUUUUUGCCUUGGCAUACCAAGGUUACCAAGAUUUACCCAAAAGAGCUGACAGAUUUCACCUCGAGUACUUUGAAGAAGGUAUAGAUUUCCUGCGACAACAGCCAGAGGUCAAAGAUCAAAAAAUUGGUCUAGUGUCCAUAUCAAAGAGUGGAGAUCUCGCUUUGUCAAUGGCAACAUUCCUGCCUGGUAUAUCGGCCACUAUUUCGAUCAAUGGAUGCAAUGCCAAUACAAUAAUUCCACUCUACUACAAAGACAUCUGUGUUCCACCCCUCAUGUUCGACAUUAAAAGAUCAAAAAUGACACCGUCAGGCCUUGUGGAUAAUGGGGAUGUUAUGAAUGACCCAAUGUCCAAAGAAGGCCGUCCUAGUGUUAUUCCCAUUGAGCGUGCUUCUUGUAACUUCAUGUUUAUAAUGUCAGAAGCCGACAGGAAUUGGCAAAGUGCCUAUUAUGCAAAACUUGCAUGUGACAGACUCAAAGCACACGGGAAACAUAACUAUGAGCUGGUGAGGUAUGAAAAAGCGGGUCACUUUAUUGAGGUGCCUUAUAUGCCCUUUUGUCUCGCUAAUUAUCAUGCUGUACCUAACCAGGUGGUUUUCUUUGGUGGGGAACCUAAGGCUCAUUCAGAAGCACAGUUGGACGCAUGGGCGAAGAUGGUGAAUUUUCUCAAAAAACACUUAGCGGCUGCUGAGCACAACUGCAGAUCUAUGCUGUAAGAAAAAGGGCAUGUGCAGUACAUAAUAGUUAUGACAUCCAGUUAUAAUGUUGACUUGCAUUUCUAAUGUAGUUAUCAAGUAUUAAAAAAAUGAUCAAACUAGUGAAAAUGGUUGAUUUGCUUCUAAAUCUACUGAUGUUUAUAUCAUUCAUACAAAGUAUGGAGAAUUGUUUGUAAAAUCAAACUGUUUAGUAUUUGUGUUUCACUGUUCAAAAAUUUGGGGUCAGUAUAAUUUUUUCUCUUGUGCUUACAAAGGCUACAUUUAUUUGAUCAAAAACACAGUAAAAAUUGUGAAAUAUUAUCACAAUUUAAAAUAACAGUUUUCUAUUUUAAUAGAUUUUAAAAUGUAAUUUAUUCCUGUGGUGAAAUCAUUCUCAUAUAUGCUGAUUUGGUGCUCGAGAAACAUUUCUGAUGUUGAAUAGAGAAGAAUCAUGAUGAGAAAUGUUAUUAAUGUUGAAUGAAAACCGUUAUGCUGCUAGAGAUAUUUUGGAAAGAUUUUUUUUUAAAUGGAAGUAUUUUGUAAUAAUGUAAAAUUCUUUACUGUCUAUCAAUUUAAAGCAUCCUUGCUCAAUAAAAAAAAAUCUAAUGUACUCUCACUGCUGUGCCACAUUUUUGCAUUAUAACAACACUUAUUUUAAAUCAUAUUACACACUUUACUGCUGCUGUUUAUCUGCAUUCUCUAUGUCAGUAUCUCUACACUAGGUCUGUUUUAUUGUAUAGCCUCUGGUGCUUUCAUUUCAAAGAGGGCAUUGGUUACAAGCAAGUUACUGUAUUCACCUUACACAUACUGGAGCUUCCAAUAAAGUACAAUUAGAUAUCUUGA